AACCAUAGAAGAAGAGCAGCAGCUGUCGCGUAGUAGCACGUUAGUUGGUGGUUUCCAGUAAUACUUCCACCAGCUCAGACACGCAGCGGUUUGGCAGCUUCUUUAUCCAACAAUGAACGGGUUAAACGAGGAACCAAUGGCACCACAAACUUUUCUUUACGGUUGCGUCCUGGAAGGUGGAAAGGAGGUGGUGUUCAACCCUGAGGAUGAUGACUUGGAGCAUCAGCUAGAUCUGAGGAUGGUCUGUGUGGAGCCCAGCACAAAAGAUGAACUUCACGUGGUUGAGGUGGAAGGACAGGACUUGGAAGGUCAGAAAAUCAAGGCAGUCCUGGUCUCACUUAAGCCCUCUGUUCUGCCAAGUGUGUGUCUCGGUGGUUUCACAAUCACACCCCCAGCAGUUUUCCGUCUGAAGUCCGGUUCGGGUCCGAUCCAUAUCAGUGGACAACACCUUGUCAUGAUGGAGGCUGAUCAGUCUUUUGAUGAAGAUGAUGAUGAUGAAGAGGAGGAGGAAGAUGUCAAGACAUCAAAGAAAAGACCUGCUUCCUCUCCUGCCCUCAAGUCUCAGAAAAAAAUUAAAAUGGACGUUGAUGACGAGGAGGAUGAUGAAGAUGACGACGAUGAUGAUGAGGAUGAUGAUGAUGAUGAUGAUGAUGACGAGGAAGAGAGUGAGGAAGACGAAACACCUGUUAAGGCCAAACCAACACCAUCCAAACAAAAGGCUCCUGCUCAGAAUGGCAAGAGUUCCAAACCCAACGCCCCGGCCACAAACCAGGAUAAGACACCUAAAGGAAAGGGCAACAAGUCACCCAAGACCCCACCAACUCCCAAAGCAAUUCUUACACUUCCUGAGAUUAAAGCCAAGAUUAUGGAGUCAGUGAACAAGGGAGUAACAUUACCUAAAAUCCAGCCCAAGUUUGAGAACUUCGUGAAGCAUGGUCACAGAGUGUCGGACCCCAAGGACAUCGCAGAGCUGUGGAAGUGGAGGCAGACAUUGAAGGAUGGAAAAUAACUCGACUCUGUAGUGUUUUAAUAUCUAUUUUUAUGAAUUGUUUAUGCCCAUAGCACCUCUCAAACCCUCUGAAGCCGAACUCAGUGCCUCACACUUAUCGUUAAAUCACUCGUAAGUUCAACUCCACCUGCUCUCCUGGAUGAAAAGACUGAAGAGGUGGUGAUGGAUGGUGACUGUGCACUGUUGGUGCAUCCACCUCCAUUACCAUCUCAUUAGGGCAAAUAAACGAUUUGCUUUGAAUUAACCCUGCUAGACCCAGCUUACAAAUUUGCAUCACUGUAAAUGUGUAAAUAAAAUUUUCGCUAGAGUGUUGGCAACAGGGUAUGCAGGGUAUUUUCAUGUGGGUUUUUUUUUUUUUUUUUUUUUUUCCCAUAUAUAUACAGUUUGCUUCAUUUAGGAACAGCAUAAAUACACCCAUUGCAUCAUUACACAACUUUACAGAGCAGAUACAAGAUUAGUAACAGCUCAAGCCACUUCAUAUCCGUUUUGUAGUAAAUUAAACUAAUGUUGGUCAUGGUCACAUUGUUCGCCUGUUUUGGUGGAGCAGAGUGUUUUUGGCUUAAUUAGUCAUGAACAUGAUAUUAAUAUUUUCUGGUACCAACAAGAAGAUAAACACUGGGCACUUUUUUGAAAACACAACUGGUUUGGUGUUUUUUGAAUGUCUAUGCUAGUGUGAGAUUCCUGACGUCAUAAUCCAGUGACACCAAACCUGUUUGAAACAUUGCAUCAGAAUUCAAAAAUAUUAUUGUAGUUUGUCGUGUUUUACCGUCCAGAAAGAACCAACCAUUUUAUAUCAAGCAACAAGCUGCACUAAUGUUGAAGUGAAGAACCUGACACAUGUCAUCUAUUUUGGGGGAUCUGUUUGCUUUGUUGCCAUGACUACUGACAGCCCAUAGGCUAAGUGUCACCUACUUUGUGAGAGACUGUGCAUGAAGGAAUUUGCAGAUGAGUUGUGUUCUGAUUCCCAAAUGCUCCAACCUGUGUUCAUGCCAUGAAUUCUGUUUUCAUUUGACCUCUUCAAGUUCUAAUAAAAGUUUAAGUGUUGGUGCAUGAGGCCUGUUAAAGCAGAAGACCAUUCCAUGUUAAAGAAGUGUCAAUUUGUAUGACUUUAAAUCUGCUGUGGGUUGAUAAGUAAAGUGAUUAAAUGAUCACAAAUACUGUG